UGAGGACAAUCGCCUGCUGAUGGCAGCUGUGUGGUUCACCCUGUUCUGCACUGUGUGCCUGCUGCCAGGCCACCUGGCCCUGCCACUGUCCCAGGAAGCUGGAGAUGUGAGCACACAUCAGUGGGAACAGGCUCAGAAUUAUCUUAGAAAAUUUUACCUUCAUGACUCUAAAGCAAAGAAGGCCAAUAGUCUAGUGGACAAACUCAAGGAAAUGCAGAAGUUCUUUGGCCUACCAGUGACUGGAAAGCUAUCUCCCCGCAUCAUGGAAAUAAUGCAGAAACCUAGGUGUGGAGUGCCAGAUGUCGCUGAAUACUCACUGAUGCCAAACAGCCCAAAAUGGCACUCCAGAAUCGUCACCUACAGAAUUGUAUCCUACACUUCAGACUUACCUCGGUUCUUAGUGGAUCAAAUCGUGAGAAAAGCUCUCCGAAUGUGGAGUGUGCAGAUCCCGCUGAACUUCAAGAGGGUCAGUUGGGGGGCUGCGGACAUCAUAAUUGGCUUCGCAAGGGGAGAUCAUGGAGACAACUUCCCAUUUGAUGGGCCAGGGAACACUCUAGGCCAUGCCUUCGCGCCCGGGCCAGGCCUAGGCGGAGAUGCUCACUUUGACAAGGAUGAGUACUGGACUGAUGGUGAGGAUGCAGGAGUGAACUUCCUGUUUGCUGCCACCCAUGAAUUUGGACACUCUCUUGGUCUGGGUCACUCUUCUGUUCCCGGUACUGUGAUGUACCCUACCUAUCAAAGAGGCCAUUCAGAAGACUUUAGUCUUACAAAGGACGACAUUGCAGGCAUUCAGAAGUUAUACGGAAAGAGGAACAAGCUGUGGUAGAUGCAGACGCUUCACAGAAACUGUCUGCACUCUCUGGGUGUUCUGCUGUGCUCCCUAGCUGGCGUGAGCCUAGCUCUAACCCUAUCCCUAGCUGGCGUGAGCAAACGCCCUUCCUGAGGUGCAUGUGCUCCUCCUUUCUUGGACUGUGGAUGUGUUUGCACAUCCCAAAAGGGUCACCUUGAUGGAAUGAUUCUGACUAAUCUCAGGUAACAUGAAGCUGAUAGACAUCGACAAUAAA